AUAUUUUUAUGUUCCCCCAAACACUACCAAAACCCCAAACCAAAGCCCUACACCAGAGAGAGAGACAACACCAGAGAGAUGCUGGCAUCAAAACUCUCUCACCUCUCUUCCUCUCUCUCAUCAUUUCCAGAAUUACCCAAAUCCCUCCGCCACCCUCCUCCCCCUCCUUUCUCCGCCGCCACCUUCCCCACCAACACCACGAAGCGCCUCAUCAAAUCGUGUCUAUCAACACAAGAAACAGUAGUAGUACAUGACUCAAUCCCAGCUCAGUUACGAGUCAACAUCUACUCCGAAUCCCUACCCUUCAUCCAGAAGUUUCGCGGCAAGACCAUCAUCGUCAAAUACGGCGGCGCCGCCAUGAAAUCCUCGUCCCUCCAAUCCUCCGUCAUCUCCGAUCUCGUCCUCCUCUCCUGCGUCGGCAUCCGCAUCGUCUUCGUCCACGGCGGUGGCCCCGAGAUCAACCAAUGGCUGAGUCGACUCGGCAUCCAACCCAACUUCCUCAACGGCCUCCGAGUCACCGACGCUUCCACCAUGGAAAUCGUCUCCAUGGUCCUCGUCGGCAAAGUCAACAAACACCUCGUCUCUCUCAUCAACCAAGCCGGUGCCACCGCCGUCGGCCUCUCCGGCAUCGACGGCCGCCUCCUCACCGCGCGCCCUUCCCCCAAAUCAGCCCAAUUAGGGUUCGUCGGCGAAAUCGCCACCAUCGACUCCUCCGUCCUCCGCCCCCUCAUCGAGAACAAUCACAUCCCGGUUAUAGCUUCCGUGGCGGCGGACGAGACUGGGCAGCCAUAUAACAUCAACGCCGACACCGCCGCCGGAGAAUUGGCGGCAGCGUUGGGGGCGGAGAAGCUGAUUUUGUUGACGGACGUUGCGGGGAUUUUGGAAAACAAGGACGAUCCGAGGAGUUUGGUGAAGGAAAUUGACCUCAGAGGGGUGAAGAAAAUGAUGGAAGAUGGGAAGAUUGCGGGCGGUAUGAUUCCCAAGGUGAAUUGUUGCGUGAGGUCGAUAGCGCAAGGGGUGAGAACCGCUAGCAUCAUCGAUGGGAGGGUACCGCAUUCACUUUUGCUCGAAAUUCUCACUGAUGAAGGAGCUGGUACAAUGAUUACUGGGUAAUAAUAAAAAAAAAAUUUGUGCUUUGUUGUUGGAUUUUGAAACUGGCUUCGCUAAUAAUUGUAUUGGAUGCCAAACAAAUUGAUGCUCUGGUGCUCAUGUUUUUAUGUCAUUACAACUCUGUGUCGGCUCUCUUUUUUGUAGUGAAUAAUAAAUAUGCAGUGUUUUAUUGCACUUUUGUUGGUUGUCGGGA